GGUAACUGAUGCCUGCUAAUGGGGUAGGGGUGAGGUAAUGGUGCAUAGGAAAGGCUGUGUACUAUGGUCUGCGUUUGCCACACUGUUACAAAUUUAUAGGAUUCAACAAUCACAGAUUGAAGAAUGCUUUCCCAAGGCACUGACCAUACCUUCUCCCUACACAUCCUAGCCGGUACACACCAACCCUGUAUAACAGAGCAGGAUGAGCACAGGCCUUAGCAGGCAGCCAUUGCUGGGCCUCAUUACUCCACACCAUGUUACUGGGCUCUGCUGUUGGUCGGUGCCUCAGUGGGCCCUACCCACAAGCAACCAACUGUCAGUGAGUGAUGGUUAGUUGUCCUGCUCAGCUAUUGGUCAGCAUCACAGUGGGCCCUGCCCACAAGUAACUGUAUGUGAGGCACCAUUAGGGAAGCGAUUCAGCAAAGGGUCAGUGGUGUGGUGGUCCUCAAGUGGAGAGUGAGAUCCUGAGGUGCAGAGGCAAUUCCCGGAGGACUACAGUGACCAGGAAGUUCUACAGACUCUGACCAAGUUUUGUUUCCCCUUCUAUGUGGACAGCCUCACAGUCAGCCAAGUUGGCCAGAACUUCACAUUCGUGCUCACUGACAUUGACAGCAAACAGAGAUUCGGGUUCUGCCGCUUAUCUUCAGGAGCGAAGAGUUGCUUCUGUUUCUUAAGCUAUCUCCCCUGGUUCGAAGUAUUUUAUAAGCUACUUAACAUCUUGGCAGAUUACACGACAAAAGGACAGGAGAGUCAGUGGAAUGAGCUUCUCGAAACUCUGUACAAACUUCCUAUCCCUGACCCAGGAGUGUCUGUUCAUCUCAGCGUGCAUUCUUAUUUUACUGUGCCUGAUACCAGAGAACUUCCCAGCAUCCCUGAGAAUAGAAAUCUGACAGAAUAUUUUGUGGCUGUGGAUGUAAACAACAUGUUACAUCUGUAUGCCAGUAUGCUCUAUGAACGCCGGAUACUCAUCAUUUGCAGCAAACUCAGCACUUUGACUGCCUGCAUCCACGGGUCUGCUGCGAUGCUCUACCCCAUGUUCUGGCAGCAUGUGUACAUCCCUGUCCUGCCUCCACAUCUGCUGGACUACUGCUGCGCUCCCAUGCCCUACCUCAUAGGAAUCCAUUUGAGUUUAAUGGAGAAAGUCAGAAACAUGGCCCUGGAUGAUGUCGUGAUCCUGAAUGUGGACACCAACACCCUCGAAACUCCCUUUGAUGACCUCCAGAGCCUCCCAAAUGAUGUGAUCUCUUCACUGAAGAACCGACUGAAGAAGGUCUCCACAACAACCGGCGAUGGUGUGGCCAGAGCCUUCCUCAAGGCCCAGGCCGCUUUCUUCGGCAGCUACAGAAACGCUCUGAAAAUCGAGCCGGAGGAGCCAAUCACCUUCUGUGAGGAAGCCUUCGUGUCGCACUAUCGCUCAGGAGCCAUGAGGCAGUUCCUGCAGAACGCCACCCAGCUGCAGCUCUUCAAACAGUUUAUAGAUGGUAGAUUAGACCUUCUCAAUUCCGGCGAGGGCUUCAGUGAUGUUUUUGAAGAGGAGAUCAACAUGGGCGAGUAUGCCGGGAGUGAUAAGCUGUACCACCAGUGGCUCUCCACAGUCCGGAAAGGAAGUGGAGCGAUUCUGAACACUGUAAAAACGAAAGCAAACCCAGCCAUGAAGACUGUCUAUAAGUUCGCAAAAGAUCAUGCAAAAAUGGGAAUAAAAGAAGUGAAAAACCGCUUGAAGCAAAAGGACAUCACUGAGAAUGGCUGUGCCCCCACCACAGAAGAGCAGCUGCCAAAGACUGCGCCGUCCCCACUGGUAGAGGCCAAGGACCCCAAGUUCCGAGAAGACCGGAGGCCAAUCACAGUCCACUUUGGACAGGUGCGCCCUCCCCGUCCACACGUCAUUAAAAGACCGAAGAGCAACAUCACAGUGGAAGCCCGAAGGACGUCCGUCUCCAGCCCCGACCACCUCGUAAAGCCCUUGCGACACUAUGCUGUCUUCCUCUCCGAAGACUCCUCUGACGAUGAAUGCCAGCGGGAAGAGGGCCCGAGCUCUGGCUUCACCGAAAGCUUUUUCUUCUCCACUCCCUUUGAAUGGCCGCAGCCAUAUCGGACACUCAAGGAGUCAGACAGUGCAGGGGACGAGGCCGAGAGCCCAGAGCAGCGAGCGCGGGAGCCCGUGGGCCCCACCCCAGCUCCGCAUGACCGGGCCGCCAGCAUCGACCUCCUGGAGGACGUCUUCAGCAACCUCGACAUGGAAGUCCCGCUGCAGCCACUGGGCCAGGCCAAAAGCUUGGAAGACCUUCGGACCCCCAAAGACCUGAGGGAGCAGCCGGGGACCUUUGACUAUCAGAGGUUGGACCUGGGCAGAAGUGACAGGAGCCGUGGGACACCAGGGGUCUUGAAGCUCGCCCACCCGCACAGCAGGCUCUGGAGCCUAGGCCAGGACGACAUGGCCAUCCCCAGCAAGCCUCCCGCCGCCUGCCCCAAGAAGCCCUCAGCCCUGCUCGGGAACUCCCUGGCCUCACCCUGCAGGCCCCAGAACCAGAACGGCCUCCUGAACCCCAGUGACAAGGAGGAGGUGCCCACGCCCACCCUGAGCAGCAUCACCAUCCCCCGGCCCCAGGGCAGGAAGACCCCGGAGCUGGGCAUUGUGCCCCCACCUCCCACCGCCCGCCCAGCCAAGCUCCAGGCCCCCGGCCUCGCCCUCGGCGACUUCUCGGAGCGGCUGCCGGCUGAGUGGGAAAGGCGGGCUGCUCUCAGCUCAGCCCCAUUCCCUGGGCUCCUCUCCAGCACUGCACCCCAAGACCCCACCGAACUGCUCCAACCACUCAGCCUGGCCCCAGGGGCUGCCGGCAGCAGCAGUGACGCCCUGCUGGCCCUGCUGGACCCACUUAACACAACCUGGUCGGGCAGCUCCCUUCCACCAGGCCCCACAGCCCCAAAUGUAGCCACCCCGUUUACCCCCCAAUUUAGCUUUCCCCCCAUGGGGACCCCUACCCCAUUUCCACAGCCGUCACUUAACCCCUUUGUCCCAUCUGUGCCAGCGACACUGCCCACCAUGCCCCUGGUCUCUGCACCAGCUGGGCCUUUUGGGGCCCGUCCUGCUUCCCUGGGGCCAGCCUUUGCCCCCACGCUCCUGCUGUCUGGCUCCGGCUUCUGUGCCCCCCAUCGACCCCAGCCCAGCCUGUCUGCUCUCUCUAUGCCCAACCUCUUUGGCCAAGUGCCCAUGGGCACCCACUCCCCGCAGCCUCUGGGUCCCCCAGCGGUCGCCCCCUCGAGGAUCCGAACACUGCCCCUGGCCCGCUCAAGCGCCAGGGCUGCUGAGGCCAAGCAGGGGCUGGCCCUGAGGCCUGGAGAUCCCCCACUCCUCCCCGCCAAGCCCUCCCAGGGCCUAGAGCCAGCCCUGCAGCCCUCUGCUCCACGAGAGGCCAGAGACCCCUUUGAGGAUUUGUUACGGAAAACCAAGCAAGACGUGAGCUCGGCCCCGGCCGCCAGCUCCGUGGAGCAGCUCAGGAAGCAAUGGGAGACCUUUGAGUGAGCAGCGCCGAGGGUGGGGCGAGCCGAGGCCGGCCGGCCCUGCUUCCCCUGCUGCUGUUUCUGCCCAGGUUCUACUGGUGGGAAGGGCUGGGAACCCUCUCUGCCGCCCGUCCUCCUCUCCACACUGCCCAUCUCUGGAGAAUGGCGCCAUUUCCAGCCUGGGAAUCGACCCAGCUCCUGGGUGCCUGUCCCGCCCUGCCACUACCCUCCCCCCGCCCCCGCAAUUGGGUUUUGCACUAAAGAGGUCAGCUGGACCAGCGAUUGCCCCAGGCCACAUCCUACCCACCUUCCCUCUAGAAGCUGCCCACCAGGAGCCCCGCGCAUCCUCAGGAUGUCUCCUCCUGAGCCCCGUUCUCUUGCCCCAGCUGCAGCCCAGCCCUGCACACCCCACCUCGAUGGGCACGAGCGUUGGCGGCACACCAGCUCGUCUGCACGAGAGGCACGUGGUUUGGAGUUUGAAGUAAGGAACCCCCUCCCCCCUCCCCCAGCUGGAGGAUCCACCUGGUGGGGCAUUUCCAAACCCUCUGUAGCAAUAUGCACACUGGUUGUUUACUAAGUCCUCACCCCAACCCCUACACCUCUGUUUUUCUGACUUGGUUGGGAUCUGGGGGCUGAGGGAUCCACGGGAUCCCUCAUGGUAACCAAACCAAGCCCCAGCCAGCCCUGCGUGAGGGCCAGGAGCACCAGCAACUUUGAUUAUAGAAGACAAGACGGCAACAGGUAAACCUGAGAGCGUCAGGAUGGGUCCGGCUGCCAUCCACACUCUCUCCCGGAUCCCCAAAGGUUCUCCUGGUCUCCACUUAUGAUCACAUGAGGCUCUGGCUCUUGUCAAGUGGGUCUCAAGGGGUAGAGCUGAGAAGCAGGUACCCAGACCCCCGCUGGAAGGCCAAGCUUAACACCACAGAGAUGCAAGGGUCCCAGUGCCUGGCUCCUUGGGGCAGGAGGGGGCAGGGCACUGAGCCCCUCUCCAGGCCCCUGGUGAGUGGGCAGGCUUGGCUUCUUGCAGCCUGGACGUAGGAGGGCUUGGAACCACCCCCUCCCUGCCCACCUUGUGAUUCCUGCCAGCAUAGAAAUUCCUGAGGCCAACGUCACCAAAGCUAAAUUGAAAUGUUUUGUUAUUAUUUCUUUUAUCUUUCUUUUCCUUUUUACUUUUAUUGAUUUGAUGGAAUCUUGAAAUUGACUAGUUUCAAUAAACCAAGUUAAAAUAUGGCCCAACCAUUUAAGAAAACAACCAUCUGAGACAUGCAGGAAAUUGUGAACAUUUUGACCUGAUUUCUCAUUUCCUAUUUGUGAAUGGUCAGACACACAGUCUCAGGGGUGUCUGAGGGGGCAAGGGGGUUUCUAGAGGCCCCUAUAACCCCAAGGAGCCUUGUCAUCGUUUGAGGGACUGGGAGACCACCCCCACCCGUGAGUGAGCAAGGCCCGGCCCUGAGGUUUGCUCCGACAACAUGGGGUGUGAAGAGCUGCUGGCCCAGCACAAGCUCCUUGGUCAGUCACAGCCCCUUGGGCAAGUCUUCUCUUUCAAUCUCGGCAAUGUCCUCUGGGCACCGGAAGCGGGGCGCUGUGUCACGUCUGGGCCAUGCGGGGCGCCUCUAGGACACUCAGGUGUUUCAGCAGAGAUUGCAGUCCAUCCUGGGCAGACCCCCAAGCCUCAUCAGGACAGGGUAGCCCACUCGGUGGGCAGAGUCUUAAGGCAAGAGGUGCUCAGUGGCCUCAGGCAAGCUGAGCCCAACCCAUGGUCUCCCUGGCUGGGCGCCAGUGGCAAGAGCACCAUGUUCACAAGAGCAUCGCUGUCUCUUCCCUUGCUGGAUUGAAUCUGAAAAUCCAAGGAUGAAUUUUGUGUGUGCGUUCAAUAAAGUCUUCUUGGAGAGAA